UAAAGGAGAGACUUGCCUUUGUGAGGAGAUCAUAAAACAUUAUAGGUCUCCAAUAAACCAAGAGAAAGGAAUUAUGGGUUCAAUUUUAAUUAAUCUAAACUUUUCCUUUCUUGUUUUCUUUUUCCUUGUAUUAGGGUUUGCCUCUUCCUCCACCCAUAUUUCACAUCGUGUCCUUCAAGCUCAGAAAACUGAUAUGCGUGGUGUCCCCGAGUUUUCAAUUCCAUGCAAACAUGAUUUCAAAAAUAUGAACUACACAAUCAUAACAAGCAAGUGCAAAGGACCGGAGUCCUCUAAAAAAGACUGCUGCGAUGCAUUGUUGGCGUUUGCUUGCCCAAUCGCCGAUAUAAUCAACGACGACAAGACGGAUUGUGCUGCACUCAUGUUCUGUACCAUAAGACAGCAUGGGGAUUACCCACCAAGUAUGUUCAUCAACAUGUGCAAAAAUGGGACACAUGCUCUUAAUUGUCCUGAAAUGUGAAUACAUUCGGGUGGAACCGACUCUAAACCUCCAUCGGUGUGUCCUACAGAGAAAGAAUUUACAAUCAAAGGCAAGCACAGAUAAUAUGCCAUGUAAUA